CCGCGGUGCAAGUUCACUGCAAGUUCAUUCAUGUCAAUCUCGACACUUUACUUCAGCCUUCCAUCUCACCAUUGACGUCUUCACUGCUCUACCUCCUAUCUGCUGCAAAUCCGCCCAGGGAGUCCUUACUGUCGCCAUAUUACAGAGCGCGACUUUCCGAUUGUCGACUGGCUCAAAGUUCAAUAACCAGUUGCUGCCGUGGGCGCAGUGUCGCAAAUCAUGGAGACCUUCGAGAACAUUUACCUUGAUUUAUCAAAACAGCCUGGCCGGUGUCGACUCGCAGAGACCGCGCUAGGAUGGAAACCGAGUGGUGGCGGCGAGCCGUUCACGCUUGACAGCAACCAGAUCAGUGCCGCGCAGUGGAGCAGAGCGUCAAAGGGGUUCGAGAUUAAGAUCAUUACUCGGGAUGCAGGAGUCAUCCAACUAGACGGCUUCGAAGAGGAAGAUUACGACCGGGCGGCCAAAGCGUUCAAGAUCUGGUACGGCAUCAACCUAGAACACAAGGAACAUGCGCUACGAGGGUGGAACUGGGGCAAGGCUGAAUUUGGGCGAGCCGAAUUGGCGUUCAAUGUCCAGAACAGACCGGCCUUUGAGAUCCCGUACACAGAGAUCUCAAACACCAAUUUGGCGGGGAAAAACGAGAUUGCCGUUGAAUUCAACCUCGAUGCCGACUCCACCCAGAAUGGCACAAACGGCCACAAAGAGGGCAGCACGAAGAAUCGCGGGCGCAAGGCGGCUGCUGGCAGGGACGAACUUGUCGAGAUGCGGUUCUAUAUCCCAGGCACGGUCUCGAAGAAAGAAGUCAACGGAGAAGAAGGCAGUGGCGCCGACGAGGACGACGAAGAGGAACAGAAUGCCGCCAACUUGUUUUAUGAGACCUUGAUGGACAAGGCAGAGAUUGGAGAAGUCGCCGGUGCUACGUUCGCCACUUUCCAGGACAUAUUACAUCUCACGCCCAGAGGACGUUUCGAUAUCGACAUGUACGAGAACUCGUUCCGCUUACGUGGUAAGACGUAUGAUUAUAAGAUCCAAUAUCAAUCGAUCAAGAAGUUUUUCAUCCUCCCGAAAAACGAUGAAAUGCACACAAUGAUUACGCUGGGUUUGGAUCCACCUCUGCGGCAAGGGCAAACGAGAUAUCCGUUCAUUGUGAUGCAGUUGAAACUCGACGACGAGGUUAAUCUGGACCUCAACAUGACGGAAGAGCUCCUUGAAACCAAGUACAAAGAUAAAUUGGAACCACACUACGAAGCGCCCAUCCACCAUGUCAUCGCCAAAGUCUUCAAAGGCUUAUCCGGGAAGAAGAUCAUCAUGCCCUCGAAGGACUUUGUCAGUCAUCACAACAUGAACGGGGUUAAAUGCUCCAUCAAGGCCAACGAAGGCCUGCUGUUCUGCCUGGAUAAGAGUUUCAUCUUUGUGCCUAAGCCAGCCACCUAUGUGCCGAUCGACUCGAUACAGAGCAUCACCAUGUCGCGAGUAGGAGGAGCUUUGGCGGCCAGCCGUACCUUUGACAUCACCAUGACUCUGAAGAACGGUCAAGGAGAGCACCAGUUUAGCAACAUCAACCGAGAAGAGCAACAGCCAUUGGAAGCGUUUUUCCAGGCAAAGGGUAUCCGUUUCAAGAACGAGAUGUUGGACGACUCGUCCACGCUAUUGAAAGCAGCCUUGGAAGAUCAAGAUCUUGCGUCAUCAGAUGAGGAUGACAAUGGAGGCGCAAAUCGGGGCUCGGCUGAUGAGGACGAUGAGUCGCCGGAUGAAGAUUUCCAAGCCUCAUCUGAAAGCGAUGUUGCCGAAGAGUAUGACUCGGCGCAUGAAAGUAGUGGCAGUGAUGCUGGUAGCGAUGCAGAAAUGAAUGAUGCUGAUGGGGACGAUGGAGAUGCGGGCAGCGAAGACGAGGAAGACCGAAGGCCAAAAAAGAAGGCAAAGAAAUAGGCAGAUACUCUUCGGACCCAGGAUCCAUCUGUAUCAAAAGUAUCAGUAUGAGGAAGCUGCCUAUGCAGUCUCUGUAAUCCAUCCGUCGUGACUAUGCUUAAUGCUGAACGCAAGUACGUGAAUGGCACAAUGAGUACUAAGGUAGUGUUGCAGCGCAAUCUCGGCGGCGGGAUCAAAGGUAUAAAUUCGUGCCUC